UGUCUGCCCGGGGAUUGGCUGAGGCUCCGGAGCGUGGGCCACGGCGCCGGGGUUUCCCUCCGAAUAGCGGCUCAGACUGUUUUUGUCGGUUAGGUAGCUCCUUCAUCCGUUGGGCUAUGGCUGCGAUAAAGGUGAUAAACUCCAAGGCUGAGGUUGCGCGUGCCCAGGCUGCCUUGGCCGUCAAUAUAUGCGCCGCCCGAGGGCUGCAGGAUGUGUUGCGGACCAAUUUGGGUCCUAAGGGCACCAUGAAAAUGCUUGUUUCUGGUUCAGGUGACAUCAAACUCACCAAAGAUGGCAAUGUAUUGCUCCAUGAGAUGCAAAUUCAACACCCAACAGCUUCCUUGAUAGCAAAGGUAGCAACAGCCCAGGAUGAUAUUACAGGCGAUGGUACUACUUCAAAUGUUCUAAUUAUUGGGGAGUUACUAAAACAAGCUGAUCUUUACAUUUCUGAGGGCCUGCAUCCUAGAAUAAUAGCUGAAGGAUUUGAAGCUGCAAAGAAAAAAGCACUUGAAGUUUUGGAAGAAGUUAAAAUUAAAAAAGAAAUGAAAAGAGAAAUUCUCUUAGACGUGGCUAGAACAUCUCUACAAACUAAAGUUCAUGCUGAAUUGGCUGAUGUUUUAACAGAGGCUGUGGUGGAUUCUGUUUUGGCUAUUAGAAGACCAGGUUAUCCUAUUGAUCUCUUCAUGGUAGAAAUCGUGGAGAUGAAGCACAAAUCAGAAACAGAUACAAAAUUGAUCAGAGGAUUGGUUUUGGAUCAUGGCGCUCGUCAUCCAGAUAUGAAGAAGCGAGUAGAAGAUGUAUUUAUCCUUACUUGCAAUGUAUCACUAGAAUAUGAAAAAACAGAGGUGAGCUCUGGUUUCUUUUAUAAGACUGCAAAAGAAAAAGAAAAAUUGGUAAAAGCUGAAAGAAAAUUUAUUGAAGAUAGAGUACAAAAAAUAAUAGACCUGAAAGACAAAGUCUGUGCUCAGUCCAACAAAGGAUUUGUUGUCAUUAAUCAAAAGGGAAUUGAUCCAUUUUCCUUAGAUGUGCUUGCAAAACAUGGUAUAGUAGCUCUUCGCAGAGCAAAAAGAAGAAAUAUGGAAAGACUCUCUCUUGCUUGUGGAGGAAUGGCUGUGAAUUCUCUUGAAGAUCUCAAUAUAGAUUGCUUGGGACAUGCUGGUCUUGUACAUGAGUAUACAUUAGGUGAAGAAAAGUUCACUUUUAUUGAGGACUGUAUUAACCCUCGCUCUGUCACCUUACUGGUGAAGGGACCAAAUAAGCAUACUCUCACACAAAUCAAGGAUGCUGUAAGGGAUGGACUUCGUGCCAUCAAAAAUGCCAUUGAAGAUGGUUGUGUGGUUCCAGGAGCUGGUGCAGUUGAAGUGGCAAUAGCUGAAGCUCUUGGUACGUACAAGCACAGUAUAAAAGGAAGAGCUCGUCUUGGAGUUCAAGCUUUUGCUGAUGCCUUACUCAUUAUUCCUAAGGUUCUUGCUCAAAAUUCUGGUUAUGACCUACAGGAUACACUGGUAAAAGUUCAGACUGAGCAUUCAGAAUCAAAACAACCUGUUGGCAUAGAUUUGAAUACAGGUGAGCCAAUGGUAGCAGCAGAUGCAGGAAUUUGGGAUAAUUAUUGUGUGAAAAAACAACUUCUUCAUUCUUGCACAGUGAUUGCCACGAACAUUCUCCUGGUUGAUGAAAUCAUGCGAGCUGGUAUGUCUUCUCUCAAAGGGUGACUGAGUUCAAAACCACCUCUUCUAGCAGCUGAAAUUUAACACAUCUUAUAUCCAACUACCAUUAUAUAGCCUGAGCCAUUCUUAAUUUUUACAUAAUAAAUGCAAUUUAUAUUUGUUGGCCUCAGCAGUCUCAGAAAUAUUUCAUAAAGGCAUAAAGAACACAAAUAUUUUGACAGUAAAGGAAUAAUAAUGAAAAUAUUUUUCCCUAAGAGUUCUCCACCCUUUAUUGUAUGUGUGAUAUUGUGAUAUAAUAAGAGAUAUAUAUUUGAUCUUCAUCACUAGUUCCUAGCACAAGUGCUUCUAAAACCUUUGUAGUUUCCUGAGUGAUAGGGGUGAUAGGAGCAUUUUUUCUUGUAACAGUUGGUCUUAGUUCUCAAUUCCUGACGUAAGAGCUUCUAAGACCCUUGGAAUCUCUGGAAAUAAUAAAAAUGUCUUUUUGUAUGCUAA